AUGUCCGCCUCUAAAAUGAGCAUUUUCGUCGCUGCAGCCGUCCUCUGCGCCGUUGUCUCAGCCGUUUCCGGUGAGAUACGAACUAUGAGACCUCAGAAAAUAUGAAAGAGCGUUUUCAGAGCACGGUCCGACCUACAACAGCUACUACACGCCCUACAACAUGCUCUUCAGUGGUCAUCACAGCGCUCCGUACUACGGCUACGACAAAUAUUCGACCUAUGGAAAGUACAACGACUACGAGAAAGGUGCGUUUUUGGGAUUUUUGGGGAUUUUGGGACUUGGCCAUCACACUAUUCGAUGCACCAGAUGAAGACUCUGAGAUCCUCAACUUGGACAGUUCUUCCUUGGUUUUAAGAAAAGACGUCUUAGAGCUCUCAAGAAGUAACUUAAGAGCCGUUUUUAUCGUUUUCCAGUAUUCAGGGGGUUCCUCUGCAUCUUUAUCUCAUACUACCCAGCAAAGAGCAGAAAAACUAUGAAGACGGUCAUUUUUUUUUAGUACAGUGGAAAAGUUGUUAGUCUUCAAUGUUGAAAGCUAAAAGUUCGAUAGAACCUGAUACUUUCAGAAACUUUCUCUAGUGCAUUAAGGACUUAUGGGUCAUUACUCCGAAAAACCCCUCCUUGGAAAACAAAACGGUUGCAGACGUGCACACGCCUAGCUACUACUCUCCCAACAAGUACUACAGCAACUACCAGCCUUCGCACGACUUCCACGGCUCCCACGAAUCCUACACGCCCUACUACGGUAGCAACUACUACAAUGCGCCCAAGCACCACGAUGGUUUGUUCUUUGAAAAUAUGAUUCAGACACAAUUGAGCGUCCAAAGAAACUGAUUUUAUAGCCCAUAUAAGGUAUAAUUAUUCAGCCCUAAGUAUUUCGAAGCAAAAAUUCAAAAUUGAGUCUAAUUUUCUGCAAAAACUCCUGCAAGUCUCUUUGCCUAGCCGAACGCCUGGAAAUCACUUUCAGACUACCACGCGCCAACCCACGGUUAUGAGCACGCUCCGUUCGUCUACACGAACUGA